AUGGGGCGGCAAGCUUAUAUGAACCGGCUCGCUCUGGGCCGAUCACCAUAUGAGCCACCUGAUCUAUCUAGCACGCAUCCGCCGGGGACAUUGCAAGGGCGGGCAUCUGCUGUCAACGCAGAUGGGUAUAUACAACAGUAUGAUGAACGAGGCCAUCCCAUCAACCCCGCUUCGAAAUCCUUUGGUCGGGAGCUCCGACGGGCAAAGAACGACGUCCUGUCUACGAUGGGCAUCGUAGUCAGCGGCGAGGACGGCAAACUAGGAAUCUCCAAGGAGCGACAGAAAGUUAACCUUCUCACUGCUGAAAAUGACUAUGGCCUGGUCAUGGCCACAUUUGAUCAGGCUUUAAACUUCUUGGGCUCAUGGUGGACCCUAUCCUUGGGCGGUCGCAUCCAGGUCAGCUCAACCCUGGUAGUAAUCUCGGACAGUAGGCUAAUUUUGAACCAGACUUUCAAAAGCUAUACCCAUGUACCGUUGAACCAGUUCCUGUACUUGUCGGACAACGACACUUACAAUCGCCUUGUACGGCGCACCUUUCGGGUUCUCAACACUGCAACACGAGCUAUGCUAUUUCUUUUGUUUGAACAGACCUACAUGUUUUCUAUCCUUCAGGCCCUUCACUUGAUCUCUCCUUCUUCCGUCCCUGGACUGCGGUUCUUCCUCCCAUUUAGUGAAUCGUCUCUCAUUCAGCUCCCUUCGCUUCCUCUAGACUUUUCUCCUCGUUCACUGGGUGAAUUCGUUUUGAACCUUGCGAUGGCUCCAUUUUCCUUGGUUUAUCUGUAUGUCUGCCUUAGGCCGAUAAUCGAAGCCCGAAUUUACCGUAUUUUUCGAAGACGGCUACCAAAACCGGAUCGACCUGAUGAGCUUUCAAUUCGGGUGGCCGCCGAGAAUGAUCUAAUCGAGUGGACUGUACCAACGCUGGGGCGACGGUCGGAAGAAGAGGUUCGCCGCAGCAAUUUCACUAUGCUUGAGGAAAUCAGAUACGAGCUCCUGACGUUGAGAAAUUGGGUGUUCUCUUGGUUUGGUUGGAAGAAGGCGACACCUUUGAAUGGCGAAACGAUCAAUCCUUCUCGUGAGGAGAGAAUCGAAUCUCUUCGUCGCCGUAUUGAGCAGCUGCAACAUGAGUUGGGUAAUACAACAUCCCGUAUAUCCCCCUCACAUACGAGACAACAACGGUCAUUGUCCUUGGGCGCUCGAGGUGAACAGCUUCUCGACACCAGGGAUCAAGAGCUGCGCUCGCGCUCUCCUGGUCGGACUGUAUCUACACCAACGCCGGAACCAGAAUCCCUCUUCAACAUGGACCAGGUUCUGUCUAAUGAACGUUUGACCCAUUCACCUGCCGAGAUCAGUCCCAAUACAUUGGAUGGAGUACCUCCACCAGGGCGAACAGGAAUCGAUGGGAACUCGGAGGUGAUCACCAUGCAGCUCGAACUUCUGACAACUCACAAUCCCAAUCGGGACCGAAACAUGGGUGCUGCUAGUGACAACGGUCGCCCAGGCCAAAAUGACCGACUUUCUUCGUUCAAUCGAUCGGCUUCUGAGCUCCUAGAUGCGAUUCUGUCUAAUGCGGGUCAAAGCGUUCCUGGUGCUACCCGCUCAGAGAGUGCAGCUAACAAUGACGGUCUCUCAGGCCAGGCUGCGGGAGCUUCAACCGCUGCUUCAGGCAUGACGGAACCUGCAAAUCUGGAUAUGGCUGAGCAACAGGCACCGGGGGAUGUGAGCAAUGAUAAUACCGUGGUUCCUGUAGUUCCGGAAAAUGCAACGGUCCUUCCUGAUGGAGUAGAGGAGCCGACCCAGAGCCCAGAUAACAACAAUCCGGGUUCAGAUUCCGAAUCUGAAUUUUCUGCGGACGCAGAUUCUCGCCCAUUGACGUCGCGUGCGCAAAGUCGACGACGCCAAAGCACAGUGCCUACACGCCCUACUCACCGAGUCACAAUCCUCUCCUCGCAUCUGGUCGACUCUCUUGCCUCUCACCUUGCAUCACUCGUCACCAGUGUACUUUUCAUCCCCCUUGAGUCGCUCUAUCUCCGUUCCCUCGCCGUUUCUUACCUGUCGUCGCCCGCGUCUGCAAGCAUCGCCAAUCGUGCAUCGUUGCUAUCAGACAUUCGAAGUCCCGGCGCUUGGGCUGGUGGUGGAGGAAGGCAGGAUGUCCUGGCAUAUAUGGGAAAACUAGCUCUUGUGACAGGGAUGCAAGCCGCUGUGAGCAUGGGUAUUUUGCGAGUGGGAGCGGUGGCUGCUAUUGGUUUGGGGAAGAGGGUAUUUGGAUGGGGUAACUUGUAG